CCGAUUGCUUCCCCAGUUAAGCUUAAUUAGGGUUUUUUUUCUCUCGACUUCGUGGGUUUGUUUAUUUUCCGCCAUCAAAUAGCGAGAAGACCGAAGAAUUAACGGAUGAUCACGUAGGCCGUGAAUUCUCUGGUUUUCGCCUUCGUCUUCUUCGUCUUCGCGUGCGUGCGCUUUGAGGGUGUGCGAGCGAACCCUCGCCUCCGAUCUCUACCUCUUUCUCCCUCUCGCCAUUGUUGACGUGAACGAUCCUUUUGACAAAGCCGUUACUUUUCCGGGGUUUGCGCUUGACUCCAGAGCGGCUUUUAAAUCUUAUCGCCGACCUAAUCGAUAGGCGGUGAACUAAAUCUGUUGCAUUUCUGCGAAGUCCUCGCAUCUUCAAAAUCGAGCUGCAAUGUUUGGUUUAUUCUCUUAUUUCUCUAAUUUUUGAGCCCGAAUUUGUAUGAAAGAACAUCGGCUUUCCUGGAAGCCUUCGCGUGAGAUUGCCUUUGUCUGAAAAGAUUUGGCUCGUUAUCUCCACCAUUAGUGACCUUCUUUGUCAGCUUGCCUGAGCGUUAAUUUGUGAAUGGAUUUGUAUCUCAAGGUUUUCCUUCGCUUUACUGAAAACUGUCGGAUGAGCCUCCGAAAUCCAUCACAACAGCAUCGUAGUUUAUGUUCUUGAUUGCCCAAGUCACUUUGCAAAGUGAAGCACAGUUCAUUGUCGUUGGAGUUGAAGGGGAAAAAAAGGUUUACAAAAAAAAAUCCAAAUGACGCGGAACAGUUGUGUUUGAUUUGAGCUGUGGAAACCCUAACAAGAAGAGGAGAUGGCACGGGGAGGAAGGAAUCAGGAGCGACUCCGAUGGAGCAAGCUCUACACUUUUGCUUGUCUCCGUCCUACCGUGUUAUUAGACAAUGAGCAUCGCCACUCCCUGCAGGGUCCUGGAUACUCCCGCAUCGUCCAUUGCAACCAGCCCGGAUCACACCGCAAGAAGCCCCUCAAAUAUCCUACCAACUACAUCAGCACCACCAAGUACAACAUCGUCACUUUCCUCCCGAAAGCUAUUUUCGAACAAUUCCGCCGUGUCGCCAAUCUAUACUUUCUCCUUGCUGCUUUGCUCUCCCUCACCCCUGUCACCCCCUUCUCGGCUGUGAGCAUGAUUGCCCCCCUGGCAUUUGUUGUUGGUCUCAGUAUGGCUAAGGAGGCAUUGGAAGAUUGGCGGAGGUUCAUGCAGGACGUGAAGGUUAAUAGCCGUAAGGUUAGUGUCCACAGGGGAGAAGGUCACUUUGGUUACAGACACUGGCAGAAGAUUCGUGUUGGAGAUAUUGUGAAGGUUGAAAAAGAUCAAUUCUUUCCUGCUGACUUGCUUCUUUUGUCCUCAAGUUAUGCGGAUGGCAUAUGCUAUGUCGAGACCAUGAAUUUGGAUGGAGAAACCUAUUUGAAGGUCAAGAGAUCUUUGGAAGUCACUUUACCAUUGGACGAUGAUGCAGCUUUCAGCAACUUCACAGCAACCAUUCGGUGUGAGGACCCCAAUCCUAGUCUCUACACUUUCAUGGGUAACUUUGAGUAUGAGCAGCAGGUUUAUGCACUUGACCCAAGUCAGAUACUUCUCAGAGAUUCAAAGCUUAGGAAUACUGCAUAUGUCUAUGGAGUGGUUAUCUUCACUGGUCAUGACAGCAAAGUCAUGCAGAAUGCAACUCAGUCAUCAUCUAAGAGAAGUAAAAUCGAGAAGAAGAUGGAUAAGAUUAUAUACAUUCUAUUUACCUUUCUCAUGUUGAUUUCAUUGAUCAGCUCAGUAGGUUAUGCUGUUAUGACGAAGUUUGGGAUGCCACACUGGUGGUACAUGCAACCAAAUAAGACCUCGUACAUCUAUAAUGCUUCAGAGCCUGCUUUAUCUGGCUUCUUCCAUCUUGUCACUGCUCUUAUUCUUUAUGGGUACCUGAUACCUAUUUCCCUCUAUGUUUCCAUUGAGGUAGUCAAGGUCUUGCAAGCGACAUUCAUAAACCAAGAUCUUCACAUGCGUGAUGGGGAGACAGGGAAUCCGGCACAAGCACGGACAUCAAAUUUGAAUGAGGAGCUUGGCCAAGUUGACACAAUAUUAUCAGAUAAAACUGGCACCUUAACAUGCAACCAAAUGGAUUUUUUGAAGUGUUCCAUUGCUGGAGUUUCAUAUGGUGUUGAUUCAAGUGAAGUGGAAAUUGCUGCUGCCAAGCAUUUCGCAUCAGAAGCAUCAGGUACAUCCGAGCAGCAUAGCAGCACUCAUGAUUUUUGGGAGAACAGUAGGAGUGGUUUUGGCUCAUCAGAGAUUGAAUUGGAAGAUGGGAAUACUUCCAUGGUUGAGAAGCCACAAAAGCCUGCAACAAGAGGUUUCAGCUUUGAGGAUGACCGCCUCAUGCAAGGAAACUGGACAAAUGAGCCUAAUGCGGGUAUCAUUCUUUUAUUCUUCAGGACACUUGCUCUUUGUCACACAGCAAUACCUGAGCCAAAUGAAAAAACUGGUGGAUUCACAUAUGAGGUGGAAUCACCAGAUGAAGGAGCUUUCCUUAUGGCAGCCAGACAAUUUGGGUUCGAAUUCUCUAAGAGGACUCAAUCAAGUGUCUUUGUCAGGGAGAGAUAUUCUGCUUCUGAGGAUCCUUUAGAAAGGGAGUUCAAGGUUCUGAACUUAUUGGAGUUUAACAGCAGAAGGAAGAGGAUGUCAGUAAUUGUGCGUGAUGACACUGGCCAGAUUCUUCUUUUAUGCAAAGGUGCUGACAGCAUCAUUUUGGAUAGACUGUCAAGAAAUGGAAGAGUAUAUGAGAGAGAUACAAUUAAACAUUUAAAUGAAUAUGGGGAAGCAGGCUUGCGGACUUUGGCUCUGGCUUACCGGGUACUUGGAGAGUCUGAGUACUCUGCUUGGAACGCUGAGUUCCUUAAAGCAAAAACUACAAUUGGGCCUGAUAGAGAAGCUGAACUUGAGCGCAUCGCUGACAUGAUUGAGAGGGAUCUGAUUCUUAUUGGUGCAACUGCCGUAGAAGACAAAUUACAGAAAGGAGUUCCUCAAUGCAUAGAUAAACUAGCACAAGCUGGUCUCAAGAUCUGGGUUCUUACAGGUGAUAAGAUGGAGACUGCCAUCAAUAUAGGAUUUGCUUGUAGUUUGCUUAGGCAAGGCAUGAAACAGAUCUGUUUAUCCAUGGAGACCAGUGACAUAUUGUCACAAGACAUAAAAAAGGCUGCAAAGGAGAAUAUCUUGAUGCAAAUAACUAAUGCCUCUCAAAUGAUCAAGCUAGAGAAGGAUCCUAAUGCAGCAUUUGCUUUAAUAAUUGAUGGUAAAACUUUAACUUAUGCUUUGGAUGAUGAUCUAAAGAAUCAAUUUCUGAGUCUAGCAGUUAACUGUGCUUCCGUCAUAUGCUGCCGGGUCUCACCAAAACAGAAAGCAUUGGUAACUCGGUUGGUGAAAGAAGGUACAGGUAAAACCACUUUGGCAAUAGGUGAUGGUGCAAAUGAUGUGGGCAUGAUUCAAGAGGCUGACAUUGGUGUUGGGAUUAGCGGGGUGGAAGGAAUGCAGGCUGUAAUGGCUAGUGAUUUCUCCAUUUCGCAAUUUCGUUUCCUUGAACGGCUUCUUGUUGUCCAUGGCCACUGGUGCUAUAAGAGGAUAGCUCAGAUGAUAUGUUACUUCUUCUAUAAGAACAUAGCCUUUGGCCUCACAAUUUUCUAUUUUGAGGCAUAUACUGGCUUCUCUGGUCAAUCAGUGUAUGAUGACUGGUACAUGCUACUAUUCAAUGUCAUUCUAACCUCUUUGCCGGUGAUAUCAUUGGGAGUCUUUGAACAAGAUGUUUCUUCAGAAGUUUGCUUACAGUUUCCAGCACUGUACCAGCAAGGGCCAAGGAACCUUUUCUUUGAUUGGUAUAGGAUUUUUGGUUGGAUGGGCAAUGGUCUCUACUCAUCCAUCGCGAUAUAUUUCCUUAACAUUCACAUUUUCUACAAUCAGGCAUUCCGUGCGGAGGGUCAGACAGCUGACAUGGCUGCUGUUGGAACGGCCAUGUUCACCUGCAUUAUUUGGGCUGUGAACUUGCAAAUUGCCCUAACAAUGAGCCACUUCACAUGGAUCCAACACCUCUUUGUGUGGGGUAGCGUUGCGACAUGGUACCUCUUUCUGGUCGCCUAUGGAAUGUCAUCAUCGCUGAUCUCUGGAAAUGGCUACCAGAUACUUUUGGAAGCCCUUGGCCCCGCCCCCAUGUAUUGGGCUGCAACACUUCUGGUCACUCUUGCCUGCAAUAUUCCCUAUCUGGCACACAUCUCCUUUCAGAGAGCUAUAAAUCCACUCGAUCACCAUGUGAUCCAGGAGAUCAAAUACUUUAAGAAGGAUGUAGAGGACCAACAUAUGUGGAAGAGGGAGAGAUCCAAAGCGAGGCAGAAGACUGAUAUUGGUUUUUCAGCAAGAGUGGAUGCCAAGAUCAGGCAGCUGAGAGAGAAGUUUCAGAGGAAAGUCUCAUCAUUGAGCAUCCAAACUCAGUCAUAACAUAUGACGAGACAUAGUCGGUAGAAUUUGUUCUGCUUUGCAACAUUUUGCCUCUUGAUUUUUCUUCUCCACUAAUUCAAUCUGACCAUGUUCUCCAAGUAGAUGAUUCAUAGGCUAGCUUCUGGAUCACAUCGAUAUCCGUAUCGAGUCUAAUACCUCUAUGGAAAUAAUCGAGGUAUGUACAUAUAGCUACAAUUUUGUUUCAUUCUGGUUCUUAGUGAAAGGCGUAUGUUUGUAAAGCGACUGCAUAAACUCUGUUCCUGAGGAACUAAUCUCUUAUCAAUUUUCUUUGUGACAAAGUAGGCAUGGUUGUUGUCUGCAUUAAGUCAAAUUAACAUGUUCCAUCUGCGUUUUGUUCUUCUUGAUGUAUGAACUCCUCUUAUUUGGAAGAUGGCUAUUGUAGUUGAUCCUUA